AAAAAGAAAAAAAAAAAAAAAAAAAAACAGCACAGCAUCGAUACCCAAAGAAGAACAUCAAAUCAACUCGAAGACCGCUCCCCUAAAAAAUGGACCUCCUCUCGAGCGUCCGCAAAUCCGGCUCCCGCGGCGGCGUCAACUUCAGCUGGGACGAAGUCGCCAACUCCUCCCAUCGCGAAAACUACCUCGGCCACAGCCUCAAAGCCCCCGUCGGCCGCUGGCAAAAGGGCCGCGACCUAAACUGGUACGCGAAAGGCGAUGACGACGCCGGCGCGAUAGAAGGCGAGACGGAACAAGAGAGGCAAGAGCGCGAGCGGAAAGAGGAGCUGCGGAAGAUCAAGGAGGCCGAGGAGGAUGCGCUUGCGCGCGCGCUGGGGUUGCCUGUGCCGCAACGGGAUUCGUCGGGCGCGAAUGCGGUUGAGGUGAGCGGGGCUAGAGGUCUCGGCGGUGGUGUUGGUGGUGCUGGUGAUGUGAAGCCGCUAGAGGAGGAAGGGGCCAAGGGUGGGCUUGUUGUUAGUGAGAAGAGGGAGCGGAGAGAUCGUGAUGAGGAUAGGGAGAGAAGGCGGAGGCGGAGUCGGAGUCGUAGCCCCCGAAGAGAGAGGAGGAGGGAUGGCGAGAGGAGACGGAGUCGGGAUCGGGGUGGGGAGCGCGGGGAGGAGAGGCAUCAUCAUCAUCGCCGCGGCGAAGGGAAGGAGCAUGGUGGUCGGGAGCGGAGAGAGCGCGAUCGUGACCGUGACGAGGGACGGGAGAGGCGGCACCAUCGCAAGGCGAGAAGCCGGAGCCGUGAGGUUGAGGGUGAGCGAGAGCGCGGACCGAGAGAGCAUCGUCGGCGGAGUAGGAGUAGAGAGGGUCAGCGGCCGCGGUCGAGGGACCGCCGGCGCAGUCCGGAUGAGCGUCGCCGAUGAAGGCCGGUAGAUUACAGUGAUUCCUGUGACCGAGGAGACAAAACAAUGAUACCCCUGUCACUUUUGAUGCGCAAACAAGCGCAAUUUGAA